AUGAGUAGUGAGAAUGUUGGAAGACGCAAGUCUUACAGAUGGGCGAGUGCCUCACAUGCAAGCUAUGAUGGUGGGGACUGGGAUUCCUCAGAUGAAUCCGUUAAGGAAGAAGAAGGCAUCGAAUCAGAACUACCGAAGUUACCAAAAUUAAAUUACUCAAGUGAUAAGAAGAAUAGAAGUGUGAAUGAUGAUUUGGAUGAUUUGAUGGCACAAAUAUCUAUGGAAAUGACCCCGAAGGAGGCUCAGGGUGCUUUCUUAGAUGAAAAUGAAGAUAGAAAUUCAGAUCUGUCGGAUUAUAUCGAAGAAGAAUUUACAGUAUCAAGGACUGGUUACUAUAAUAAUUUUGUGGAUUCUGAUGUACAUGAACAAGAAGAUCAUGCGAAUCCUCGGGUUGCAGACAAGGAUAGUGUAGAAUCUGAAAGUACAACUGCUCAGUACGUGACCCCAAGAGAACCUAGUCUCGAACCUACUGAAAAAGUCGAUGAAGAGGAUCUACAUGACAUAGAUGAUGCAAACUCAGUAGCAGACUCGCAGCAAGGUGUCGAAUUACAAAUAUCCAUGGCUAAAGAGGAAGAUGUGCAUGACAUACCUGAUUCAAAUUCAAUAGCAGACUCGCAGCCAGAUGUUGAAUUACAAAUAGCUGCUGUCAAAGAGAAAGAUUUGGAAAACUACACUGAUCAGGGUGAUGUUGAUGAUAUAUUAUCAAUUCCACAGACUGUCAAUGACGAUUACAAGCAGGAGGGAAUUUCUGAUGAGGAUUCUAUUACUAAUAUGAGCAAUGAUCUGGACGAUAACUUAUCCUAUACAAAAUCAAUCAAUUAUCAAGAAAAUAACGACCAAGAAGAUAAUUUCCGGUUUACAAAUAAAGAACUAAGAGAAUCUAUCAUUGACUCAAGUGACGAAGAUGAAGAUUAUGGCAUUAAUGCUAGAUAUAGUGAUGAUGAAAGUAGUAACAAAAGUGACGAUAGAGCUAGUAGUAGCAAUGAUGAUAACGACACGAUCUCAAGCGCCGGUGGUGGCAAAGGAAGGGAAUCUCUUGAAGAUCAAGAAGCCUCAAUAAAUGAUUCUGAUAAAGAUAUUUUGACUUCGAAGGGAUCAGAUGAUGAUUCUGACUCUAAAUCUGUUACAACGGUUGAAAGUGAUGAUAAAGGUUCUCUAAGUAAUGACAAUGAAACAAUAAAUUCGACCGGUUCAGUGCAAUUAAACCAAUGGAAACCUGAUACAGAUGGAUUAAGGUCGGGCUUCGUCCAGGGAAGUGCGAACAAGGCCCCUCCAGGCUUCGUUUAUGAUGAAGACGGUAAAUUAAUUGAUCUAACUCCAUCGAGUAUGAAAUCUAGAGUUGUCUCUACGUAUUCUGAAAUUGAGAGUGCCUGGAACGCAUUCCCAUCCGAUGGUAUAGAUACAGACGAAUUGGAAACAAUACGAGAUACUAAAACAAUAUACGAUAAUAGUACAAUCUAUAACGUUCCAGGAUUAAUAACGAACCAUCAUAACUUACCACCUCUGCCGAAUAAUGGCGAUACGCAAGAAAUAAAUGAUAACCAAUUGAUGAAAAUAGAUUCUAACAAGACGAUAACGUCUGAAAAUGACAAGAGAUCGAUUCGGAGCAAUCAUACAGAUAUUCUUGGCAUAUCGGAACCAAAUUCACAACAAAUAGCAAAAGUGAUCGACCAUGAUAAUACUGUACCUGAAUUGAAUUUAAAUAAGUUGAUUAACAGUAAGAUAUCGAACGACUCUAAAUUGCAACAGUUGAAGGAUUAUUACGGGGAACUUAAUGAAUUUGACUCCGGUAUUCAAACAUGGAUUAGUUACUCAUUAAAAUCAUCUUCUAAAGAGGAUAAGGAUUACUUGAUGGAAGAAUACAAAAAUAAUAGACAUGUUAGAGAAGCAUAUGCUAACGCUGAAGAUAUAACGCGGAAGAAUACUGUAAUUAACACCGUGAAUACUGUGAAUCAAAAUGUAAAUCAUUUAAAAAAGAAGGUUCUCUCUCACACAAUAAAGUCAAAGCAAUUAUUCUCGUCAAUAGGUAAGAAAAAAUUAUAG